GUGUUGUUCGUGGUCGACCGUGGGAGAGGUUGUUGUGUAACGUGCUUGGCGGCUGCAGGGACUGAAUCAUGGAAUCAGUGAAAAGCUUCUUUUGGAGAUGGAACCCAUUUUCAAAGUCACACUGCAAGGAAACAAAAAGUGAAGUCCAUAGCACAGAAGAUCCAGUUGCUGCUACAAUUUCAACAGCUGAAUCUUCCUUGGUCAGCCUGCAGAAGAUUGCAGUGUGGGAGAGUCCCAUCAACAGUAUGCUGGCUGUCAUUGGGCUCAAUGCAGUCUGCUGGCUAAUAUCGACAUACCAGCUGCGCGUGGUGUUUGUGGUGGCGGCCGUCGCCCUGCUGCGCCUGCUGCGCACCGAGUGGCGCGAGCGCAUCUGGCCCGAGAUCCGCGUGCCGCCGCCCGUGGCCGAGGACCCGGAGCCGUGGACGGACGUGGGCGUCAGCGUGCUGAGCGCGCCGGAGAUGAUCGAGUACGUGCGCCGACUGCGCGCCGCGUCCGCCUCACUUCGCGCCAGUCUCGCCGAGAUGCGGGCCUCCACACCCUUCAUGUUCUUCCUGCUUGUGAACUCGGCCUGGGCGCUGCUGUACUGGCUGAGCCGGUGCGUAUCUGGCGCCACGCUGGCGCACGUGCUGCCGACGCUGGCGCUGACGGUGCCGGGCGCGCUGCUCCACCUGGUGCCGGCCGCCGGCUGGGUGCGGCUCCGGCAGCUGCUCACCGACGGACGCCGCACCGUCGCCAACUCCGGCUUGCUUCAGGAUGAAGACUGCGAGCGAGAUUUCGUGCCAGAAGCCUCCCCGGAGACGCAAGCAUACCUGGACGUCAUGGCCGAUAUCAUCAAUGGACGGGAACCGUCGCCAGAUGUCCACGAAGUCGCUGCCUUUUCCGCGGGCCUGGCAGCCGCCCCUGGCUAUGACGAGGAAAGCGACGACGACGCUCUGCUGGCGCCAUCCGUGGAGCGCAGUGCCGAGCUGGACUUCCGCGGCCUGCCGCUGACUGAACGGGGUGCAGACGCGGACGCCACCCCGGCGGCGGCGGCGGCGGGCGGUUGGCAAGCCGACUGGAGCGGCGCCGGCGAGACGGCGGCGGCGUUGGGCCGGGCCGCCCUCAGCUCGGCCGCCGCCGCCUGCGGCCGGGCGGCGCAGCUGGUGACGGCCGUCCAGCCGCCGCCGCCGGGCGACGACAGCGACUCCGACUUCGAACUGAUCGGCGACGAGGAGGCGCUGGGUGCAGAGGGCCACUAGCGGCCGCCAGCCCCGCUCUUCGGCACCACGGUGACGUGGUGAUGGACGGUCCGCACUGACACAAGGCCGGACUCGGCUGGAGACCGAGUGCCGGGAGAAAGACAAUUGGUUUGUCGCCAUGAGGCGCAUGCCUGUUUGCACAUAGGGAAGUUGCGCUGUGACACUUGUGCUACUACAAUCACGGUUUUGAUAGAGAUGCCGGUAGUGUAGGAUAGGCGCGCGAGCUAUCUUGGAGCAGUAUAGUGCCUGGUAGCAGUGGAGUUGUGUAUUUUGUGCUGAUAGAUGGUUUGACUGGCCCCCAGGUGCGAGAAAGGAAGGCAUCGUUUGGCAUUUAUUUUGAACUUUGUGUGGUACACUGUACAGUGUGUUCCCGGACGUCUAAUAAGAGUCGAUAUUUUUGUUUGUACACCACGGUGUAGUGCUCUGCGUGUUCCUCGAUAAUGUGUUGCCAGCUUACUUGUGGAAGAUGGCGGGAAUCUGCUGGGGCGGGAGUGCCCAUGCGAUGUGAAUUUGAAGCGUGCUGCCACUGGAUGCGCCGCUGGUUGUGAGACCUUUUCUUGUCGCAUAUUGCUUCAAAUAAAAACGUCUGAAGGACAAAUGUACA